AUGGCAGAAUUAAGAGAAAUGAUGACUGUAAAAAGAAAUGAUGGGAGAAAACAACUAGAAGAAGCAGUGGAAGAAGCAGGAAAAAAUCCAUUUAAAAAAGAAAUUCAAAGAGCACCGAUACCAUCUAAGUGCAGUUUGCCUGCAUUCACAAGCAUAUUUGACGGAAGUGCAUGCGCGAUCCAACAUGUGAAGGCUUACUCUAGAUGUUUAUUGCAGUGGGAAAAUUAUGAUGCAGUAAUGUGCAAGUAUUUUUCUGCAAGCUUAGUAGGUGAAGAUCUGAAGUGGUUUGAAGGAUUACCUGUAGAGUCCAUUGGUUCGUUCCAUCAUUUACAAAACAUCUUUUUGGGGCAGUACAUAAGUAAUAAUCUAUCAAGACCAGGGAUUGAAACUGCAUUUGGACUUCGCAGAAGAACUAAUGAAAGCUUACGUCAUCCAACGACUUGCUGGAGAACAAUGUGUAGUGAAAUGGGAAAGAGGGUGGACGAGAGACAUCUUAUUCUGGCAUUCAUAAAUGCUCUUUUCGCGACAGAUCUAUUGUACACCCAAAUUUUUAGAGUAAAACGUACAAUUACAAUGUCAGAAUUACGCGAAUUUCAAGAAGAAUAUAUAGCCCUCGAAGAAAAGCAGAGAGAUAUGAAAUCUCUACCAGUCGCAGUAACAGAUUCGAAAGGUGGAAAUACAAGUUUACUCCCGAGACUCACGAAUGCUGUUGCGAGUACAUCGCAGAGAAAUCAAGGAAGGAGUAACGCAGAGAUGGAACAAAAAUUAGUAGCUAUGGGCAGUGCAGAUCACGCAGAGUUUGAAAAAGAGUACAAAGAUAGACGACUUCAAAAAUAUGGAAAUAAUGAUAUAGCUCAGCCAGUUAACUCUACAGGACACCAAACAAAUUAUAAAAAGAAAGCUGGAAGAAUAGUGUGGGAACAAGUAAAUCUGCCAAAACUAAACAUUACAGUAGAUAAAGUAUGGGAAACUGCUCUCCUAAUGGAUGAUAUUCCAGAACCACAUAAUGCAGGCAAAGAGACACCACCAGGGAGGAGGAGUAAAGAUUAUUGUGUCUAUCACAGAUUCCAUGGUCAUACAACUAGCAAUUGCAGAAUUGUGAGGAAGAUUAUAUUGCGGAUGAUCGAGCAGGGGAAAUUAGACCACUUUCUACUAAAUCAAACAUGA